CUGAACAGUCAGAUACCACCGAAGUAGAAGAAGAAGAGGAGGAGGAGGAAGAAGAAACUGGAAGAAAGUAGGAAAAGAAGCAGGAGAAGAAGAAGUGGCUAAAAAAAACAACACGGGCAGUUUGGCUGUCUGUUAACAAACAAGGUUACACAAUUACCUGAGAGAUAACAUCCUGGUGCAUGAUGUGAGGUGUGUAAAAAACCUUUUUGACACCUGGAAGUGUGCUGCUGAUAUGCUGGACCUGAGAUUGACCCUCAGGAGCCCCCACUCUCACUUUUUUAUGAGAGCCUGGGGAACAUGUUGCCACAGAUUAUGGAUCUAGGAUAUCAUCUUCCAUGAGAUUCCCAUUUCACAGUGCUUCAAUCAAACAGCUGUAAGGACCAUGGAGAGAGAAGCAGCUAAGAAGGAGAUGGAUGGCGUUACAGACACUGACGAGGAGAUUCCUGAUGGUGAUUCCACCUCAGUGAACGAGUCUAGUCAAUGGGAGGCCAGAGAGACUGAUGACGAAUAUGAGCAGGAGGACAGAAGAGCCUAUCUCAAAUCUCAGGACACCCCAAAUCCAGCCAGCCCACAAGACUUUGAAAUUGGUGAAGCAGAGUAUUGUGGAUCUACAGAGGCCAAAGAGGAUGAUGAGGAGGCUUCAGAUGGGUCCGAGCAAGACGACACGGCAGAUCACGAUGUUAUAGAUCAAGAAGAGGAUGAGGAGGCGAAGGAGCAGCACAUGAACGGGGAGUCCGGUUGGAGGAACGUGGGACCUGGACGGAGAUGCAAAUUGAGGAGCAGCGGGUCAGUUUCAGAGCAGAGCGGUCAAAGUGCUUUUUCCUCCAUUCAAAAAGGCAAUGUUAUGCCAAGUGGUGGUCGGCACAAACAGGCCCGCAGACGUAACCACCACCACCAUCAGCAGAACCGAGGCCGCAGGCGGACAGGCAACCAGCUCAUCUUAGCUUUCAAGGAGAUGCUGUCGGGGUCUCUGAGCUUCUGGUGCAUUUCCUGCGUCCAAAUGAUGAUUGAGAUUAUUGUCACAUUAACUCACAAUUGUGGAGUCGGUGUGGAGACUGGAGGGGUGAAACUUUACACCCUUGGGCAGCAGCUCUUUGUAAAGAUCACAGAUACAGCAGGGAUGAAGGCGGACGCUAGUCGGAUUCUGAAUUGGACGAAAUGCACAGGAACAGACCUGGUGGAUAAAAUUGUUAGGUCGGUAAAGUGGGUAAAGACAGCUGCCUUAUCUUGUUUGAGACUUUUCUGUGCUUUGGUUAUUCUCGGUUCCCAGUGGGCAAAAGGUGCGUUGUCUCGCCUUGGUGGAGAGAGGGGAAAACGCUAUUGGACAGCUUUUCAAGAUUCAAGGUUUUGGAAGAGGGUAGUGUCCCUGCUGGAGAGAGUCAGAAGCAGGUUCAGGAGGCAUGGCCGUGUGCCGCCGUCCAGCCCUGACUCACCCGGCAGAGCAGGGAGAAGCCAGCCAGGCCAGGAGCUGGAGAGACUGCUGGCCUUGGCUGAGGUACCGGAGGACGAGCUCGACCCCUUUACAGUGCUCGGUGUGGAGGUGCACGCCACUGAGGCUGAACUGAAGAAGGCCUACAGACAGCUGGCUGUCCAGGUCCAUCCAGACAAGAAUAAACACCCACGAGCUGGAGAGGCGUUCAAAGUACUGAGGGCUGCCUGGGAUAUCGUCAGUAACCCAGAGACACGACGAGAGUACGAGUUGAAGCGUAUGGCGGCAACCGAGCUCUCAAAGUCCAUGAACGAGUUUCUCACUAAACUGCAGGACGACCUGAAAGAAGCCAUGAACACCAUGAUGUGUACCAAGUGUGAAGGCAAACACAAGCGGUUCGAGAUGGAUCGUGAACCUGCUGAGGCCCGGUUCUGUGCUGAGUGCAACUGUUGCCAUAGUGCCGAGGAGGGGGACCUGUGGGCCGAGUCCAGCAUGUUGGGCCUACGUAUCACAUACUUUGCCUGUAUGGAUGGCAAGGUGUACGAUAUUACAGAGUGGGCAGGCUGCCAAAGAAUAGGCAUUUCUCCUGACACGCACCGUGUGCCCUAUCACAUCUCUUUUGGUUCAAAGAACAACAGCAACUCCGCACGACACAGGACGCCCUCAGAGCCCGCCCCAGGUCCGACCAACCCUGCAGACUUACAGGACUUCUUCAACCGCAUCUUCAAGGGAGGACCUCCCAACGACAUGGCUGCCAACGGGGGCUUCUUCCCCUCAAGUCCUCCACCCCAUCAUCAACCACCCGGUGCGAGUGCAGCGCCCCCGUUCUCCCCUCCCCCGAGCCAGACAGGUUUCUUCAUGCCGGGGGCUCAGCGGCCAGAGCCCAGCGAGACGUGGGCUGAAAGUGGCAAACCUCCCAGAAGGAGGAAGAAGGUUCGCAAACCCUUCCAGAGGUGAAGCCUGUCGACCUCUCAGUGUAUCGACAUAGCAACACAGGGACACAAUAAAUAAUGGCCAUGUUUGUCUCUCGCCUGCCUGUUGGCAUGCCAAGAUCUGAACUGGAGAUAAUUCAUAAAGCUGCGGUCAGAUCAGCCAGAGGAGAGAGAGAGAGAGAGAGAGACUGGAUGACGAAGAGGAAGGAGCCUGUUGUCUGAAGUAUUGAAGGAGGGUGGAAGAGGUGGCGGUGAUGGUGCUUUACCUCUCAUUUCACCUUAUUGUUUUGUUGGUCUUUAAGACGACUGUAGCCUUGGCAUUUAAAUCCUUAUCGGGAUGCUGUAAUGAGACGUUUUCCUUUCAUAACUUCCUGCCAAAUCCUGCAAUGCAUGAUUUAUUCACCUGCAUUUUAACACUUUGGUUUUCUCACUUUUGUUGUUAAUGUUUUGUAUAAGCUUAGUUUGAGACGUUGGCUCCGGACUGAGUGACACCCGAAGAGAUAGUUAUGGAUCACUAUAAUUAACAUGAAGAAGAUGAUGAUCUGGGCAGCUCCACUGUGUCAGUGGUUACUCAUGUUGGAUUUGCACCUCGCCCACCGUAUUUCAAGAAUGAAUCGAAACCAGUUAAAGCCAACACAUCUGAACUAAAUUUACAUAAAGUGCAAAAAAGUGUGAAACGUUUUUUAUUGGUGAUCUGGCCUGAGAGUUUCCAGUAAAGUCAUAGUGGUGUGAAUCUCUGGUAGUGUGUCUACAGACAGCAAGAUUUCAAUACCUCAAUGAAAGUCACAUGCAGUCAACCUCCAGCAUUAAGGAUCCAGGGAGGCUACUAGCAUCUGUGUAAUUCUUCCUUGUUCUUUAUAUUACUAUAAACAGGCAAAUUGUGUCCUAAACUGACAUGAUGCAUAAUUAAAUAUUACCUGAAUCUUUCUAGAGUUGUGAAAUGCUGUCUAGAAGUUCAGUUUCAAUGGUGAGAUAUUACAAAAUCCUUUCAGCAUUAUUACUAUAUGAAGAUUUGGCCAUUCGUGCAGAAAUAGUUUUGCUAAAAUUGAAGCCGAUAUGUGUGUGACGAUUACCAGAAAAUCACAUCCUGCUUUUAUCAACCUCUCUUUUCAAGAGCCAGUGAAAAAAAUAAUGUAAAAUCGAAACCCAAAUAAGUGAUUUGGAGAUAUGCUGAUUCAAACAUGCUAAAUCUACCUGCUGUUUAUUGUUCCAGCUCCAGAUUGACGUCCUAAUUACAGCCCAGGUUCAGAUGUGUUUCUAUAAUACUGAACCCCGACUGAGCUGCUCUCUAAACUUUAAAAGUGACACCUUGACAUUUUGAAAUGUUGAUAUUUUAUUUUGCCAGGGAUUCGUUGCUGUUUUGAAGACCACAUAGAAUUGAUCUACACUGCCCCCUGUUGACUCACUGUUGGUCAUAGUUAACCUGAGUUACAAAGCUUAUGGUUAACAGCACAUAUAUAAUGUAAUUUGAUAUCUGAAAUUGUGCUGCUAAGCCUGACCUGUAUGUAAACUUAUAAUGCUGUCAAAUUACUUUUUUUUUGCCAUCAGCAUUGUUACUUUGUCUAUUUCUAUCUUCACAGAGAGCCUUGAGUAAGACGACCUUUAAAAACAUAAUGUUUGCGUUGUUUUUCAUGCUGCUACUGAAAAACUAAACGUUUCAGUCGUCUAAAUUUUAACACCAUCUUCAUCAGCUUGUUAAGUGCCAUUUUAUGCCAGCGAUUAUGUUUCCGGGCAUAUUAAGACAUGUUAAGUCUACAUCAGUGAUCCGUCACCCAGCUCAGGACAAGUCUGAAAAAUAAACAUUCACAAAUAAUAGUGCUCCUCCUGAGUGUGUAGAGAUCAAAUCAGAUGCGUUUCAUUAUUUUUAUUUCAGCCUGCAGUGUCAUCUCAGUGGCUCCUGGCGGUUUACAAUUAAAUUCAUGAAUAAUCAUACUCUUAAAGUUUUGCUUUUUUUAAGUCAUGUGCUAUAAACUGGUGUUUUCUUCUGGUUCUCGGAUGUGGUUCAGCUCUCAAAAUGUCAAGGUCACAGCUUCACAGAAAAUCUAAAUCUAAACAACUGAUUUCCUUGUGUAACUAUGUAACAACAUGAAGGGGGUGAGAAAAAUAAUAAUUUGUUGUAUUUUGGGUUUUGUUUCUUGCAUAGAAUUAAUUUAAGUUUCAUCAUAAGUUAAUUUAAGCAAACAGCUGUUCUUGUUUACACCUGAUAUGUGAAGGUUGUGAGAGUGAAAUGGCAGUUGUGUGUGAUAAGGCAUUUGAUAAAGGCUAUUUUUUAUAUUGACA